AUGCCGGCAGCAGAGGGCAUCGUCCUGAUGCUGGAGUCGCAGUUUGACGCCGACACGAUCCCCGAGGCAGCCAUACCUGUCAGCGAUACGACCGAUUCUACUGACGACACACGACUAGUCGAUGUUUACGUUCCGUCCUACCUCGCCUCUCAGUUUUGGAUAUCCUACACCGUCAACCCAGCCAUGCUCGCACCCGCCCACGCGCCGACAAAAUACGUCUUCUUCAAGCUUAUUCUCGACGGCGAGUGUAUCGUCAGCUGGGGUGUCGGAGAGGCAGAAGAAUGGAAAGGCAAGACCAUGUGGGCUUUCUUCCGAGGAGAAGAUCAUGGUGGUUGGCGCACUGUCGACAAGCGCGCCUUCUUCUUCCGCGCUACAGGUGAAGACCAGGACUUUGACCUUCUGGCAUACCGCGCCAGGGGAAGACGCAGGGCGUCCAGACAGUUCGACGAGAUGCCGCCCACGGGCGAACAGGGUUUCGACCUUGUCAACUGGGGCCGCCUCAAGGAGCAUCACCCUCAAAGCUUCCAUCAGUAUGCUCUCCUGGAUCCACUCAAUCAGCCAUACGCUACCUUCCGCUAUCACAUAAGAGGAGGCCCCCAUGUCCGCGCUCAUAACUCCCAUCUGGACCUUAGCCGAACCAGUAGCAGUUCCUGCAUGAGUGCAAUCAACGAAUCUCCAAGCCUGGCCGCAGAGAUCCAAGACGCGUCAAGACUUCGCAGACUGUCCUAUCCACCGACCAUAUGUCUGGUUCCCACAUCUUCGCGUACCGAGCCUUCUUCCCCUACAAAGCUUGACGCAGAGAUCCCCGUCCUUCCAGAGAUGGACAUGUCGAUCCUAGACCCAGAGCCAUAUAUCCCCAUCGAGAAUUUGCCAGAGUCCGGACAGCUUUCCUCUACAGACCCUCAGCCAGAAACCUUGGAGCAGAGCGAACGAGAGCACAUCAGCAGUAUGAAGACGGUCGGUCGUAAGCAGGCGGUACAAACUCCUACACCUGUGGGAAUUGCGCAGCAGAUCACGGACACACCACCAUCAAGCCUCAGGAGACGCAGUGGAGCGAGAAUCAAGGAAUGGUUUGGAAGCAUUUCUAAGAGAAGAGCUACCAGAUCAACAUCCCCGAUACAUCCAUCCUUGUCACACAAGACCAGCUCGGCGUCCCUGUCAUGA